AUGGACGAGAAAGAUACUCAAUCGGCAUCCAUACCUCUAACGUCGUCUGCGUCUGUGAAUAGAAAUCCAAAACCCGCCAUUAGAUCCUUCUCUGAAUCAUACAAUCGCUCAUUCAACGUUCGUCCCCAUGUAAACUUCCAGAGUACGACAACUGAUAAUACCACUUCAGAACGACCACCUUUCGUCCGUGCGCAGAGCAUACGUGAAACAGUGAGCAAUACGGCUCGUUUCUUCGGGGUACCAUUGGCUGAUAGCAAUAAUCAACAACAAUCACUCUCGUGUAAUGCAAAUCUGAAUACGAAUGAAGGAAGUCGUUGGAAAUUGCGUCGUUUACGAUAUAUGAAUCGAUGUUAUGGCGGGGUCAACGAAACUGCCAGAAAGGAAUUGGAUUUGCGAGGUGAAGAUCACUUUGGUGACAGUAAUAAACUUACAGAUGAUUUGCUAGAUAUAAGUCCGUCUCAGCUGGCAACACCAUUAGCAACCCCAACACCGAUCACUCCGAUUGGCUUUUUUGAUAUCACACCAACAUUACGUCAGCAAAGCUUAUCGAGAAGUGGGUCGGUCGAUAGUCAUGUCAGUCGAAUGUUACCCCCAUUGGAACGUCGUGAUAGUGUUGCAAAAAUGGCAUGGGACAGAUUUUCGUCCAUUGUGCAGAAGUAA